GACCUGGCCGUGGGCGGCGCGGCGGGGGAGCCCGAGCGCCCGGAGCGGCGCCCCGAGGACUGCCUCGAGCUUGUGUUUUCUCCAGCACCACCUUGCUUAGAGGAUGUGAGCGGACUGGAUCGCGAGCCCCUGGAAGCAUGGAGACCGUGGUGAUCGUCGCCAUAGGCGUGCUGGCCACCAUCUUCCUGGCCUCGUUCGCAGCCUUGGUGGUGGUCUGCAGGCAGCGCUACUGCAGGCCUCGAGACCUGCUGCAGCACUAUGAUUCCAAGCCUAUCGUGGAUCUCAUUGGUGCCAUGGAGACCCAGUCUGAGCCCUCUGAGUUAGAACUGGACGACGUCGUCAUCAGCAACCCUCACAUCGAGGCCAUCCUGGAGAAUGAAGACUGGAUUGAAGAUGCCUCGGGCCUCAUGUCUCACUGCAUCGCCAUCUUGAAGAUUUGUCACACUCUGACGGAAAAACUCGUUGCCAUGACCAUGGGCUCAGGGGCGAAGAUGAAGACUUCGGCAAGUGUCAGCGACAUCAUCGUGGUGGCCAAGAGGAUCAGCCCCAGGGUAGAUGAUGUCGUCAAGUCGAUGUAUCCCCCGCUGGACCCCAAGCUCCUGGAUGCACGGAUGACUGCCUUGCUCCUGUCUGUCAGUCACUUGGUGCUGGUGACCAGGAAUGCCUGCCACCUGACAGGCGGCCUGGACUGGAUAGAUCAGUCACUGUCUGCUGCCGAGGAACACCUGGAAGUCCUUCGAGAGGCAGCCCUGGCUUCAGAGCCAGAUCAAAGCCUCCCCAGUCCGGAGGGCUUCCUGCAGGAGCAGUCAGCCAUCUAGUCCGUGGGGCAGCAGGCUCCUUCUGGGGUGGCUCCUUGGGCCGCUUCCCCUUCUUCCUGUAGAUGUAGUUGUUCUCCAGAGCUCAGGAGUGUGACUGUGGGUGCCCAGUAAAGCCAGAAGCCUGAGCCCGUGGUGGGGGCCUGCGCUGCAGUGGCGAUGGUGAUUGGAGAGUGGCAGCGUAAUACCACAGCUACGGGAGGUGCCGAUGGCCUCCAGCAGAGCGUGUGCAGCUGGGCGUGGCUUGCCCAGUGUUUGCGGGAAAACCAAGCUGCCCUCUAAGACUCGAGAGGCCUCCCAUUAAAGCGGAAUUUCUGGCUGCUGCUGACAAUCAAGGUGGGGCUGUGCUGAUGUGCAUUUUCAGAGGCUAAUCAAUUAGAACUCAGUAGCAGCUGCCUCUGGGAGGAACUUGUACUGUUUUGCUUAUUUGUGUCACCUGCUGGAUCCUAGACACCCGAGUCCCUCCUCCCCUGUGGGUUCCUAUAGAAGCUGAACACUACAAAGUUGAUUAUUUGCUCGUCACUAUGCCUGCAAUUUCCCUUCACCACCACUAGGUGGAUAGUAAAUUUGUACUUCUAUUUUCCUCAA